AUGGAGGGCGACGGCGAGAGCCCGUGGGCCCUGGGGCUGCUGCGCACCUUCGACGCGGGCGAAUUCGCGGGCUGGGAGAAGGUGGGCUCGGGCGGCUUCGGGCAGGUGUACAAGGUGCGCCAUGUCCACUGGAAGACCUGGCUGGCCAUCAAGUGCUCCCCGAGCCUGCACGUCGACGACAGGGAGCGCAUGGAGCUUUUGGAAGAGGCCAAGAAGAUGGAGAUGGCCAAGUUCCGCUACAUCCUGCCCGUGUACGGCAUUUGCCAAGACCCCGUCGGCCUGGUCAUGGAGUUCAUGGAGACGGGCUCCCUGGAGAAGCUGCUGGCCUCCGAGCCGCUGCCGUGGGACCUGCGCUUCCGCAUCGUGCACGAGACGGCCGUGGGCAUGAACUUCCUGCACUGCAUGUCCCCGCCGCUGCUGCACCUGGACCUCAAGCCCGCCAACAUCCUGCUGGACGCCCACUACCACGUCAAGAUCUCCGACUUUGGGCUGGCCAAGUGCAACGGGCUGUCCCACUCCCACGACCUCAGCAUGGACGGCCUUUUCGGCACCAUUGCCUACCUCCCUCCAGAGCGCAUCCGAGAGAAGAGCCGGCUCUUUGACACCAAGCACGACGUGUACAGCUUCGCCAUCGUGAUCUGGGGCGUGCUGACGCAGAAGAAGCCAUUUGCAGAUGAGAGAAACAUCCUGCACAUCAUGGUGAAGGUGGUGAAGGGCCACCGCCCGGAGCUGCCGCCCAUCUGCAGAGCCAGGCCGCGUGCCUGCAGCAACCUCCUGCGCCUCAUGCAGAGAUGCUGGCACGGGAACCCCCGCGAGCGGCCUACCUUCCAAGAAAUCACGUCUGAGACUGAGGACCUGUGUGAUAAACCCGACGAUGAGGUGAAAGAGACAACUCCGGACCUAGAUGUAAAAGACCCUCCGGAGCCUAAGACUGAGGCGCCCGUGUCCACGCCGCUCAAGCGCGCCUCGGCCCCCGCCUUCCAUGAGGACUACAGCCUGUCGGAGCUGCUGUCCCAGCUGGACUCGGGCAUCUCCCAGGCGCUCGAGGGCCCCGACGAGCUCAGCCGCAGCUCCUCCGAAUCCAAACUCCCGUCGGCCGACAGCGGCAAGCGGCUGUCGGGGGUGUCCUCGGUCGAUUCUGCCUUUUCCUCCAGAGGGUCCUUGUCCCUGUCCUUCGAGCGGGAGCCUUCCACGGGCGAUCUCGGCACGACCGACGUCCAGAAGAGGAAGCUGGCGGAUGCCAUCGUGAACGGGGACACCAGCCGGCUGAUGAAGAUCCUGCAGCCGCAGGACGUCGACCUGGUCCUGGACGGCGGCGCCAGCCUGCUGCACCUGGCCGUGGAGGCGGGGCAGGAGGAGUGCGUCAAGUGGCUCCUCCUCAACAACGCCAACCCCAACCUGACCAACAGGAAGGGCUCCACGCCCCUGCACGUGGCCGUGGAGAAGAGGGCGCGGGGCGUCGCGGAGCUCCUGCUGGCCCGCAAGAUCAGCGUCAACGCCACCGACGAGGACCAGUGGACGGCCCUGCAUUUCGCGGCGCAGAACGGGGACGAGGGCAGCACGCGGCUGCUGCUGGAGAGGAACGCCGCCAUCAACGAGGCGGACUGCGAGGGCCGCACGCCCCUGCACGUGGCCUGCCAGCACGGGCAGGAGAGCGUCGUGCGCAUCCUGCUGCGCCGCGGCGUGGACGUGGGCCUGCCGGGGAAGGACGCCUGGCUGCCGCUGCACUACGCCGCCUGGCAGGGCCACCUGCCCAUCGUCAAGCUGCUGGCCAAGCAGCCGGGGGUGAGCGUGAACGCCCAGACGCUGGACGGGAGGACGCCGCUGCACCUGGCCGCGCAGCGAGGGCACUACCGCGUGGCCCGCAUCCUCAUCGACCUGCGCUCCGACGUCAGCCUCUGCAGCCUGCUCGAGCAGACGCCCCUGCACGUCGCCGCAGAGACGGGGCACACGAGCACCGCCAGGCUGCUGCUGCACCGCGGGGCCAGCAGGGAGGCGGUCACCUCCGAGGGCUGCACCGCCCUGCACCUGGCCGCCCGGAACGGGCACCUGGCGACCGUCAAGCUGCUGCUGGAGGAGAAGGCCGACGUGCUGGCCCGGGGGCCCCGGAACCAGACGGCCCUGCACCUGGCGGCCGCCGGCGGGCACUCGGAGGUGGUGGAGGAGCUGGUCAGCGCCGACGUGCUCAACCUGUCCGAUGAGCAGGGCCUCAGCGCGCUGCACCUGGCCGCCCGCGGCAGGCACGCCAAGACGGUGGAGACGCUGCUCAAGCACGGGGCCCACGUCAACCUGCAGAGCCUCAAGUUCCAGGGCGGCCACAGCCCCGCCGCCACGCUGCUCCGGCGGAGCAAGACCUAGCUUGCUGCCCUGAGCCCGGUGCCCCGUGCAGGGUUCCCGUCCCGUUGUGUUCUGCAGCGGGGCAGAAGGACGCUCCCCUCGCUGGCGGCCUGGCGGCACGUGGACUGAACAGGCCAUUAGGAGGCUGCGACUCCUGAUGGGUGCCAGGCGUCGGCGUGGGCGGGCUACCCUCCAAACGAAGGUGGUUGGAGGUGCUGAUCCAUCCGCCCGUCGGUGCGCCCGAUGUGGGAGGGACGACGGGUUGAAAUCGUUUCGUGGUACGCCUGCUCCUGGGGUCCAUUCCUUGGUGACAGUCCUGGGUGCCGCCGAGCCCACCCGUCCUGAGUAGAGCCCCUGGAGCUCGCCGGCCUGAGGACGCAGGGACAAGGCCGCUGGGCCUUCCGUCUUCAUUUGCAGCGGCCGGCGAGGCAGUCGGUCUCGGAAUGUUUCAGUGGACAGCUUGUCGUCGCUAGAUGAGCACAGCGUCGAGUGUUGCCUUAACGCUCUUCAAAAAUGACCCUGUCAUCGAGCAGUCUCUCUGCGAGCGCGGUGUGUGACGGAGCGAGGCCGGCUUUUAAAAGCACGGUAACCGUGCGGCCUCUGACGUGCUCAGAGCGUCCCCAGCCGGUCCCCUCGGCGACCGCGCCUCCUGGCCGUCCUGAUCGCUCCCAUUCAUUUCUCAUUGCAUAAAAUGCGUUUUAAACUCUAGAGCCAAAUACACAAGAGUCGUUUAAAAAUUCACUUGUAACCUCAGUUUUGGACUCAGAACAGUAUUACCUAGGUAGAUGGACCACCUAACUCGUCGGCUUCUUUCCAGCUCUUUCUUGGAAAGGUGGCCGUGUGUGCAGAGUGCUGCUGUCUGGGGGUCCCAGAGUGGCUUUCUGACCUGCUUUACAAACCUCCGAACUGUGUGACCCCCCAAGGCGGCCCUAGGAGACCACCGCACGCUCUUGGCUAUAAAAGAUGGGGUUGUCUGGCCGUCUUUGUCAUGUGUGUGCCAUGUGGUGCCCCCCAGUACUGUUGUUCGAGUGGAUUUGCUGCAGGAGGUGGUCCUGUUUGCAAACAUGCCUGUGUUGUAUGACACUGAGAUUGAUAUUAAUAUACCAUGUAUGUUAAUGUGAAUCUGUGGGCUGGAUACUUCUUUUCUAUGACAGGAAAUGUCCAGACUGCUUAGAACUGGCUAUGUUUUAAUAUGCCUCAUGCUUUUACCGUGCUAUGGCGUGCUGCUGUUGUGUGGAGCACGCGGAAGACGAACGCUCUGUCCGAUGUAAAUAAAGUUCCCUUCUACUUUUCUGA